AUGUCCACUCAAGCAAAGGCUGCUCCCCCAGUCGAGCCAUGCAGUCUAUUCCAGGGAGUGAAAAAUCUUAUCAGACAGGCGAAUCCAACCAUUCCGGCUGAAAUUGCGAAAGUUGCCUUGAGGCCUGCCAUGUACGCAAGUAGAACACCGUUUAUGUCGUUGGGAAAUGCUGCACGAAUCUGUGUUGCUGCCGUUGCGAUUACAGCCAUAGGAUCGACAUCUGGAGCCGUUGGUGUUAACUUUUUGAGCAUCGUGUUCACGAAGGCUUGA